AUGGCAAAUGCGAAAGGAAGACGAGAUCGAUGGUCAUCACUUGAUCAGCCAACCAAGUUUGAUCAUUCAGAUGAGAUUUCAAUGAAUUUAGAAAUGAAUUCAACUGUUGAGAGACAAUCUGAAGAGAUAGAUACUUUGACUAGAAAAAGUGACGACAAUCCUAACCUACAGUUGUCUGUAAAUACCACAUCUAUACGACGAACACCAACACCCGUACAAGUUAUGACACAACAAGCGCUUCGACUUGCCGAAAAAAUUAAUGAUCAAUAUUUAACUUGUAAAAUAUGUUUGGAACCAUUCAAAGAUCCGAAAUGCUUAACAUGUCUUCACACAUUCUGCGAAGAAUGUAUUGAAAAUCAUGUUUCUGCUCAGAGAUCGUACAAAUACACAGAUUACCGUGAAUUUGCUUGUCCUAUAUGUCGAAAGAAGACGUCGAUUCCAACAGGUGGCGUUCACAAGUUGCCAGACAACUUUCUCGUCGCCGGUUUAUCCGAAAUGAUUACUCAGAAGAGCGUUGGACCGAACAGUGCUGUUCGAGUUUUAGCCAAUUGCGAAAUCUGCAAAGCUGUUCACGAUCGCGAACGUGAAGCUACAUCGCGCUGUCUCGAAUGUCAAAAAUUUCUCUGUCGUCAUUGCGUUCAGGCACAUCAAACCAUCACCGUCACACGCGACCAUUCGAUAUACGAAUUAGAAAUCGAAAAAGACAUUCUUUGCAAACAUCAUCCAACCGAAUUCGUUCGUUAUUAUUGUGAACAAUGUGAAGUCUGCAUUUGUAUUGCCUGUACAUAUGUCGAUCAUCGUGAUCAUCAAUUAACGGACUUUCGAACGGCUGCUAUGAAUCAUAAAGCUUAUAUAAUGGAUUGUCUCGAAAAUUGUAAAACACGUAUGGGAGAAUUAGAAGCUUAUAUGAAUGUCAUACGACAAUGUGAUGUUAACAUCGCUCAAAUUGAAGCGAGUAUUCAUGCGUUAGCAGCGACUUUUGAAAAAUCGUUACGUGUCAAAGAACAAGAACUGGUUGAACAGAUCACAAAGUUGUAUGGAGAUGAAACUGACGAAUUCAUUAAACGUCGAGAGGAAUUAGAUGAAUUCUACGAGCAAAUCAAGAAUACUUGUUCGUUGACAGAAUUAGUUAUUCACGGUAAAGAUAUCGAAUUGUUAUUGGUAAAAAAGCAAUUGUUAGAAAAAUUUCAUGAGUUACAAUCGGUUGAACUCGAACCAUUGCCUGACAAUCUCAAUAUGCACAUCAAAUUCGAACCCGGACAACUAAAUUUAGGAAGAUUAACCGUUUCGGAGAUGACACCGACGGACGAUGAUGAAUGCGAAGGAGAAUUAGAAGACGAAGAAUAUUCAAAUAAUAAUAAUAAUGUAUCGACCAAUUCUCACACUUCAUCUUUGACACAAAACAAAACUUUUUCUUCGAUUUCAACUCAAACAGACGAUAUCACAACUACAACACAAGCAAUUCAGACAAUCGAUGAUUCUCUUUCAAAUGGUGAUCUACUCGAGAAUGGAAAUGUUUCAUCGACAACUUCAUUACCAAUUGAUGAGAAUGGUAGUCUAUCACCAGCUCCAUCAUCAUCAACCUCAACAGAAAACACGACAAAUAUCUAUGAGCAAAGUAACAAGUUAUCACGUCGUGUUCGUCGUCUUCUCAAACCGACAUGUAGUGUCGCUGUUUUACCCAACACUGAUGUUAUUAUUCUCGAUUGUGAACAAAAUCUCGCAUCAAUUCUUGACAAAAAAGGCAAAUUCAAAUAUUGUUUCACCAGUGAUAUUCCAACUGCCGAACAGAAAGGAUUCGCUGUUGCUAAUUUUUCAUCAACAGCAAAUGUUAGUAGCGCACCGGCUGGUGCCAGUCGAACUGUUCGUAUCCCGACUCAGCAGGGUUUAUUAUGUAUUAAACUGAAAAACGAACGAGUUGGUGAAUUACCAUUUGGUUUUACCGUUCAUGCAUUUAAUUCAAUUUCGGAAAGUGACAAUUGA